AUGCUAUUCAAGGUGCUACGCCAGAUGUUAUGCAAGGUGCUAUGCCAGAUGCUAUGCAAGGUGCUAUGCCAGAUACUAUGCCAGCUGCUACGCAAGGUGAGCAAUCGGCUCCUUGGCAAGAUCGUAGUUCUGAACCAUGGCAAGGUUGUGGUCCUGGUCCUUGGAAUGGCCCUGGUCCUUGGAAUGGCCCUGGUCCUUGGAAUGGCCCUGGUCCUUGGAAUGGCCCUGGUCCUUGGAAUGGCCCUGGUCCUUGGGAUGGCCCUAGACCUUGGGAUGGCCCUAGACCUUGGGAUGGCCCUGGUCCUUGGGAUGGCCCUGGUCCUUGGGAUGGCCCUGGUCCUUGGGAUGGCCCUGGUCCUUGGGAUGGCCCUGGUCCUAGGCAAGGCCCUCCAUAUGGUCGCAGACCUGGCUUACGACGUCCUCCUCGCUAUUAUAGUUGUACUAAACGACAUAACCAACAUAACCAACCAGUCGCCAUGCUUGAAUGCGGGUGCAAAUUAUCUUAUACCUUUAUCCAGCAGUGAGUGGACGUCAUCCAGCAGCAGUGAGUCGAAGUCAUCCAGCAGCAGUGAGUGGACGUCAUUCAGUAGCAGUGAAUCGACGUCAUCCAGCAGCAGUGAGUCAACGUCAUCCAGCAGCAGUGAUUGGACGUCUUCCAGCAGCAGUGAGUCAACGUCAUCCAGCAGCAGUGAGUCAACGUCAUCCAGCAGCAGUGAGUCAACGUCAUCCAGCAGCAGUGAGUCAACGUCAUCCAGCAGCAGUGAUGGGACGUCUUCCAGCAGCAGUGAGUCAACGUCAUCCAGCAGCAGUGAGUCAACGUCAUCCAGCAGCAGUGAGUCAACGUCAUCCAGCAGCAGUGAGUCAACCUCAUCCAGCAGCAGUGAGUCAACGUCAUCCAGCAGCAGUGAUUGGACGUCUUCCAGCAACAGUGAUUGGACGUCUUCCAGCAGCAGUGAUUGGACAUCAUUCAGCAGCAGUGAUUGGACGUCUUCCAGCAGCAGUGAUUGGACAUCAUUCAGCAGCAAUUGUGGUCCUGGUGUUAUGCCAGGUGCUAUGCAAGGUGCUAUGCCUCGUGCUAUGCAAGAUGCUAUGCAAGAUGCUAUGCCAGGUGUUAUGCCAGAUGCUAUGCAAGGUACUAUUUCAGGUGCUGUGACAGGUGUUAUUCCAGGUAUUAUGCCUGGUGCUGUGACAAGUACUGUACCAGGUGUUAUGCCAGGUGCUGUACCAGGUGCUGUGCCAGGUGCUAUACCAGAGGCUAUGUAA